CUUAGGGCAAGCGAGGUUGUUACUGAUUCAUCAGCGCAUGGGAUUCGGUGCUACCGGCAUGAUGUCCUGACUGAGCGUUUUUUGUGGCCGAUCCCCAAUCACAGAAAUUAGAAUCGACCCUUACCGAUCACCAAUCUCUGAUCACAGCUGAUAUUAUGGAGUGUGAGGAGGGAUAUGGCCUCCCUGGACAUGCUGGCCAGCGAGCUCCUGCGAGCUGGAGGUUGAUGGUUUGUGGGCAGAGGAGCCUCAAGCUGAAGGAUUUUUUCACUUGCCACCUCCUGAAGACGAUCGUGUUGGGACAAAUCCUGUCCAUGCUGAUCUGUGGGACAGCCGUGACCAGUCAGUAUCUGGCAGAAGCUCAUGUAGAGACACCGAUGCUACAGAGUUUUCUAAACUAUACUCUGCUGCUCCUAACCUAUACCACCACUCUGUUUUUCAGAACAGGUGAGGAGAAUAUUAUUCAGAUUUUGAAAUCAAGGUGGUGGAAAUAUUUCCUGGUGGCACUCACAGAUGUUGAGGCAAACUACACGGUUGUGCUGGCUUACCAGUAUACUACACUUACAAGCAUUCAGCUGCUCGACUGCUUUGUGAUCCCGGUGCUGAUGGGGCUCUCGUGGUUUUUCCUGAAGACCCGUUACAGGCCACUGCAUUUCAUUGCCGUUGUUGUCUGUCUGCUUGGGGUUGGAGCAAUGGUGGGAGCUGACCUGCUCGCUGGAAGAGACCAGGGCUCAAACUCUUCUGUGUUACUGGGCGACAGCUUGGUGCUGAUCAGUGCCGCUUUAUAUGCUGUGUCGAACAUGUGUCAGGAGUACACCGUGAAGAACCUGAGCAGGGUGGAGUUCUUGGGCAUGAUGGGACUUUUUGGGACGCUAAUCAGUGGUGUACAAUUGGGUGUACUUGAGGUUGGAGCCAUCUCUAGGAUAAACUGGAACUGGACAAUAUACCUGCUCUUCCCUUCCUAUGUGCUGUGCAUGUAUGGUCUGUACAGUUUCAUGCCUGUGGUGGUGAAAAUGACCAGUGCUACAGCGGUAAACCUCUCGCUGCUAACAGCUGAUCUCUUCAGUCUGUUCUGCGGCAUCUUACUCUUUCACUACAAGUUCUCGGUCCUGUACAUCUUGUCAUUUGUGGUGAUCACCCUCGGCUUUAUCCUGUUUAACGUCGUUCCCACCUACACAACAGAUCCGGGCGAAGUCACAGAGGGCACUUAUCAGAGCGUAGCUACAGCAGAAACAGUGCAAGUAGACAAAGAGACUGAGCUGGAUUGGCAGCAAGAUGAGCACAAAGAGAAGUGUGGACAAGUAGAACCCUGUACUACAGUCUGUACACUCUAAUUUAUUCUGUAACCUGACAUUCUACAGUGUAGAGUAUACGGUUUUGGGAUAUUCCUGAUUUUAAAUUUGACUUUUUACUUGGUCACUAGAUCAUUAUAUUUUGGUUGAUCUGUUGGAUUGGAUUUAGCUUUUGCACUGUAUAAUGAAAGUUUUUUACUGGAUAUGGCUAAUUGUUAUAGAUGGUAUUUUACAUAAGCUGAAAGUUCAAAGUUUUUACUUAUUGGUCAAUAUUUAUUUAAUGACAAACAGGGUUUUAGGUUGUUGUAAUGGUCAGUGGUUACACAUGUUAAUGUUAAGACAGAGCUGGCAUAUGCACGAAAAUCCUCUUACAUUAUGUGCCAGGAUAGAAAACAAAGGCAUUUAUAUCAUGUUAAAAUAUGAAAACUUAUGUGAGGCCAAAAAAAAGCUGCUUUCCUGAAUGUAACUCAUAAUUUUAUACAUGUACAGUAUAUAAAUCUACGAUUAUCACCAUAUGAAGUUGCAUAAAGUAUUGUCAUAAAAUGACACAUUUUGGUCAUUAUGUUAAGCAGAUGUACCAGCUGUAAGACACCUUUUUUUUAUUGAUGUGCUAAAUGUUUAAUAAAUUUCU